AUGUUCCAACUGGGGUGGAACCGCCACGGAACGGCAGUGAUGGAGUGCAAGAGUGGUGGGGACAAUCAAUUUUUGAAACUAUCAUACAAUGGUAAAGUGUUAGAGUGCUAUUUUCUGGAUGCACCCACUGGUUGA